AUAUGAAGGUUUUCUGUCAAGGCGCCAUGUUUGUCAUUGAGCGACCAAAAGUCCUGGAGUUGUUUAUUUACAACAGAAACGGGUGUCAGAGUGAAGACGAUGAAUAUAAAAGGAUCUUAUAUUUCUUCCCAAACGAAAGGUCGCUGGACGAUAAGCUGAAUUCCAUUGGAUUAUCUGAAGCUAUUUUAACUUUUACGAAUUCUUUCGGUUCAUCAUGUACAUCUAUACGUACAAAAAAUACAAAAAGAAUUUUUAAAAGCUUAACACCCAGUAUACAGAUUGUAAUCGUUAUUUCAUUACCAUCCAUUGUGGAUUCAACAAAUGAUAAUCUAAUUGAAAAUGAUUAUUUACAUAAUGAAAUUAUUGAUUCAGUCCUGUCUAUUGCGUGCGAAACGUUUAAACUGUUCCAUGGAAAAGUUACUGAGAUCAUCGAAACUUAUGAUUAUGAAAUAUUAAAAGCUAAACUAGAGCACUUCUUUUCUCGAUAUUUACGUACUAUGCUUUUCGAAUACUGUGAUAUAUUGGAUUGUUUCAACGGAAUUCAAUUUGUAUCUAUUGAACCAACUGAUUUUGGACGUGUUCAUGGUCUUCUUAACAGGAUUGGAUAUAGUUUCAAUUGCAUUGAACAUUCAGCGUUUUUCUUUGAAGGGAGACUUAUAUACUCUACUUUGGAUUUAAUCUACGUUCGUCAUAUUUAUCAUUAUUUAAAUUCAUUUCUCUUUAUCGAACAACCAGAUUUAACGCAAAUAACUACUAUAACAACAAAAUCUAAACAUUUAGGAAGAUAUCUUGUUGGUCCAAAGGACUUAUCCAAUUUGUCCCAGAAAGUUAAAUGUCCAUUAAUUUGUGCUCCGGGUUCUAACUUACCCGACUGUCAAUUAAUUACCUAUCAAGCUUUAAGAGCUAUCCUUUGUUUACUUAUUAAAGGUACUGAUCCUAUUCCAAUGGAGUUUUUUGUGGAAUUCGAUAGAAUGGUUGGUCCACGUUUAACUUUAUUAGCUGAACGUCUAGCUUCAAAUCAGACUUGUUCAUUUAUGGAUGGUAGUAUCUUUCCCUUACACCUGAUGGAAAGUACACCAGAAAAUACUUCACAUGAUCUACCAGCACUUGGAAAUCUUGCAAUCAAUGAAGAGGGAAUAAGUAAUGCGAUUGAAGAUAUGAAUUAUAUCGAUUCACCGUUAUCAUCUGUCUACUCAAAUCGUUUCAUUUAUUGGAAUCCAUCAACUUGUUCUGUCAUGUCAACUUUGCACUUUUACACUGGGUCUGGUAAACGACCUGUUAAGGGAGCGAAAUCAUUUCUAGAUGCUAUGGUGAAUUUACGUGAGGAAUUUUCACUCAGACCUAAUUCAUGGCAUGAAGAAAUCACUGUUAGGCUAGAUUCAAAUCAUUGGAUUGUUUGUAGGCGAUCUAAUGGGCGUGAGAUGUACACGGUACUACCAAUUAGGCAAGAGAGUUUUCAAAAGUUGGAGGAUGCUAUUCGCCGCGUAUAUGAGACUACUUUUCGGGGUUUAUUUCUAUUAGACUGAAAAAUCGCCCAAUUACUACACACCUUCUGUCUACUGUGAAUAAAUUUAAAUAUCGUUUGAAACCAUCGCGCUUGAAUUGUGUUUUAUUGCAUCAAAUGAAUCUGCACUAGCUGUAUACUUGUUUCGUUAACGUUUUUUUGACAAUUGUGUCGAUAUAAUUACUUGUAUAGUUUAUAUUCUCUGUGGACUUGUUCUGUUGAUUUAUAUAUAUUGUGCAUAUGUACAUAAUGUCAUCUAUGAAAUAAAUAACAUUGCUGAUUUU